AAUGCCAAUUGUCCGAGUUUUGGGAUUCACUCUUUUGAUGCUGCUUUCAGCGGCGGGAGCAGCAAUGCUACAAAAAAACAAGUACAAUUACUACAAAUAUCACCCAAUGUCAGAGAUCUCUGAGUGGAUGGUUCAGAUUGCGAAGGAUCACCCCGACAUUGUAACGAGAAUGGAGUAUGGAAAGACCUACGAGUUCAGGACUAUUACCUUGCUCAAGAUUGGUGUGAAUACUGGAAAGAAGAAGAAAGAGAUCUGGAUGGACUGUGGUAUCCACGCCAGGGAGUGGAUCGCUCCAGCCUUCUGUCAGUACUUUGUCAGACAGAUCUUGCAGACAUAUAAGACUGACCCAAAAAUUGGACUGAUGUUGAAAAACUUAGACUUUUACAUAACCCCAGUACUCAAUAUGGACGGCUACAUCUUUUCAUGGAGGGACAACUCGACUCGUCUACGGAGAAAGAGCAGGUCACCAGGUCCUGCAGGCUGCAACUGCUCCGGGACCGACCUCAACCGCAACUUCAACUCAAACUGGGGAACGAUCGGCGUGUCCUACGACUGCUGCCAACAAAUGUUCUGUGGCAGAGCUCCUGAGUCUGAGCCGGAGACUCAGGCUGUCACCUACUUUGUAGGAAGCAGGAAGGAGGACUUCCUGUGUUUCCUCACCAUCCACUCCUACGGCCAAAUGCUCCUGGUUCCCUAUGGACACCCUAACUUCACUGCCUCAAACUACAAGGAGCUGAUGGAAGUCGGUUUGGGUGCAGCAGAGGCCAUCAAGAAGAUCCACGGGAAGAUCUACAGAGUAGGAACUGCACCUGAUAUAUUAUAUGCCUUCUCUGGAUCUUCCAGAGACUGGGCUGCAGUACAAGGAAUUCCCUUAUCAUAUACUGUUGAGCUCAGAGAUGAGGGAGAUUAUGGCUUUGAGCUUCCUGAGGAUCAGAUCAAGCCCACCUGUGAGGAAGCCUACAGCGGAGUCCUGCACAUCGUCACCUAUGCCCAUGAUAAAGUCUUUAACAGUGCCAUCGCAUUCACUGGUGGGACACUCUGGACCGUGCUUGUAGUGGCAGGAGUCACCAGGAUAAUAUCAUACUGAAGAGUGCAUGCAUCAGUCUGAAUGAAAUAUUUGCAUUUAUUUCAUUUUCAAAAUCUGAACAUUGAGCAAACACAUAUGGGAAGCAUGCUGGAAUUGCCACUAACAGUGUGAAUUAUUGAUAGAUUAUUUGUUUUACAAUUAAGUUUUGGGGACAAGACCCAACCUCCGGGCUGAUGAUUUUAGGUUGCCCUGAUAAAUUUGGAAGUAAUCCUCAUUUUUCGUUGUCCCAUUUACUCUCUGUAAAGCACCAUGUCCAUUGGCAGCAAAACAGGCCCAGAGCAUAAUACCACCACCACCAUUCUUGACGGUAGGUAUGGUGUUCCUGGGAUUCCUUUUCUCCUCCAAACAUAUUCCUGGGCAUUGUGGCCAAACAGCCCACUUAUUGAUUCAUCUGACCACAUAAUUUUCCUCCAGAAGCUCUUAUCUUUGUCCAAGUGAUAUUACAUGAAACAAAUGGUAAAAGACCUCCUAGA